AUGGAGAAGAAGGGAGCUGCCGCCGCCCUGUGCGUGCUCCUCCUCGUGAUGCUGUCCGGGCAGCUGCAGCAGCAGGUGGCCGCCAUGUCCUUCUGCGACUGCUACCAGCAGUGCCACCCGUGGUGCAGCCACAACACUCCAUGGUGGCUCUGCAACGUCGGCUGCGCCGGCAGCUGCAGCGACAGGCACGACACCCUCGCCGCCUGCACCAUGGUCUGCAGCACGGACAUAGUCUGCGGAAACGGGGCGGUGCCCGCCGAUGCAAGUGGUGUUGAGGAUUGUGUACGUGAGUGCAACAAGAGGUGGGGCUGA